UUAAUUUAAACAUUUUUUUUUUCAGUACAUUUUCACAAUAACCGUUUUUAAACCACAACCAAACGAAGCCGAAGCUGGUGAGUAGAGGAGCUCGGACAUCAUAUUUUCUUUGGGCUCGGAUUCUCCAUCUUCCCGCUCGCCAUCUCCCAUCCGACGCCGACAGGCUCCUGAUCCGAGCCAGCCAGCCAGGUAUCGGGUUACCAUGUCGGGUUCCCGGUUGUCAGCACUCGCUGUGACGCCGAUGUGGCUACAUUGAGCACCCUCGGCUUCUGGAUUAUUAUGUUGCCGCCAUGACGAGGAGCUCGGCCUUGGGAGAGCUUUCGCCGGUACCAUACGAGGAGGAGUUCUACGAAUCCCUAGACCGAAUCUUCUCCUCGUCGUGCUCCUCCACCUCCGCCUCCGACGACGAUACCGACCAUUAUCACCGCCACCGUUUGCCACCGCCGGCUGCAGCAGCUUAUGAGGUAUGGAUCACCGAUCCAGCCCCCGUCGAGGAGCGCCGGAGACGGCUUCUUCAGUUGAUGGGACUUACCGGCGAUCCUGCUCUCUCCCGUGCGAAAACACCAAUCUCGAACUCCGGCGAAGAUGACUUCAGCAGGCGGCGAAAUGGGGAUUGUGUGGAAGCUCCCAGAUCCGCAUCAUACAAAGCAGUAUAUCGACGCAUUGACCCAUUCUCUUCUUCCGCCCUCUUCACGCGAUCCAGAUCCGACGGCACCGUUGAUCCCGUCGCAGUACAUAGGCAACUGCGCUUCGCGCCGUCCUUUCGGCCGGCAGCCUCCGAUGGCAGCGGCCGAGUUGAAGAUGAUUAUGAUGAUCCACGGUGCACCAUUAGGAACCUGGAUACGGGGAGGGAGUUUGUGGUGAAGGAGUUUAGGGAAGAUGGAAUGUGGAAUAAGCUAAGAGAGGUUGGGACUGGUCGGCAGCUAACAAUGGAGGAGUUCGAGAUGUGCGUGGGGCGCUCUCCGAUCGUUCAUGAACUCAUGCGGCGGCAGAACCAGAAUGCUGAUUCCGGCGCCGCUCCCGAUUCCUACGUUGGCGGUGGAAACUUCACCGGAGCCGGUGUGGGUGUGAGAGGGAAGAGGAAAGGGAACUGGCUUAAGAGUAUUAAGAACAUUGCCGACACCGUAGUUCACUACCGUGAAAAGAGGAGUAUCGAGGAGAGGGACUCUUCAUCGGAGAAGGGAGGGAGGAGGUCGAGCUCAGCCACAGACGAUAGUCAAGAGGGAUCUAACCAUCAUUUCCAUGGCGCCGAGCGGAUUAGAGUUAGGCAUUAUGGAAAGUCCUUUAAGGAGCUUAGUGGUCUUUACUUGACUCAGGAGAUUCAAGCGCAUGGUGGAUCUAUUUGGACCAUUGAGUUCAGCUUGGAUGGGCGUUAUCUUGCCAGUGCAGGAGAGGACUGCGUUAUCCAUAUUUGGAAGGUAUUGGAGUGCGAGAGGAAGGUAGGGCCGGCAAUGGAGGGAGUUGCAGGGGAAUAUGGGAGUUGCAAUCCGUUCAUGGGCGUAAUUGGUAACGGGACACCGGAAGUUGCGUUUGCUUUGGCUUGCAUUGAAACGAACCACCAGGAGAAGAAGAGGAGGCCAAAGAUAUCAAGUGGCAGGAAAUCUCUCGGUUUGGAAACCAUCAUAGUGCCAGAACAUUUUUGUGCGCUCGACGAGAAGCCUCUAUGCUCUUUUAUUGGUCAUCUUGAUGAUGUCCUGGAUCUAUCUUGGUCUAAAUCUCAGUAUCUACUUUCAUCUUCAAUGGACAAGACAGUCAGGCUGUGGCACAUGUCUAGCAUUUCUUGCCUGAAAAUUUUUUCACAUAGUGACUAUGUGACGUGCAUCCAGUUCAAUCCUGUUGAUGACAGGUACUUCAUUAGUGGAUCUUUAGAUGAGAAAAUCCGGAUAUGGAGCAUACCAGAUCAGCGAGUUGUUGACUGGAAUGAUCUUCAUGAAAUGGUGACAGCCGCAUGUUAUACACCUGAUGGACAGGGUGCUUUGGUAGGCUCGCACAAGGGAAGCUGCCACUUGUAUGAUACAUCUGAUAAUAAGCUGAAUCAUAAAACCCAAAUUGAACUGCAAAACAAGAAAAAGAAGUCCACCCACAAGAAAAUAACUGGUUUCCAGUUUGCUCCAGGGAGUAACUCUGAAGUACUUAUUACAUCUGCUGAUUCAAGAAUACGAAUUGUUGAUGGCGUCGAGCUGGUCCACAAGUUGAAAGGAUUUCGCAACACAAGCAGCCAAAUCUCAGCCUCUUUGACCACAAAUGGGAAAUAUAUCAUCUGCGCCAGUGAGGAUUCCAAUGUUUACAUCUGGAGGCAUGAAACUGAUUCCAGACCAAACAGAAACAAAGCAAAAAUCAAUGCCACACAGUCCUAUGAACAUUUCCACUGUCGCGACGUAACCGCAGCGAUUCCUUGGAUAAAUCCUUCCUCCACCUAUAACAGUACUCCAGGAGAAACAACUCCUACUGGCUUCAACAACCCAAAACUUAGCCUGCAGCUCUUUUCUGAACCCAAUGGUGAUGAGCCUAUUGACUCCCCAAUGGGCUCAAACACCAAUCAUUUCAGCGACAGAGCUUCGGCGACAUGGCCGGAGGAGAAGCUUCUGCUUUCUUCAAAGCAGAGCAGCCCUGAGAGCUUUACAGAAAGCUGUAAUGGAGGAAUCCAUCUGCAAAACAAGUCUGCUUGGGGCUUGGUAAUUGUAACAGCCACAAGAGGAGGCCAGAUCAAAACGUUUCAGAACUUUGGAUUCCCUGUAAGAGUAUGAUAAAUAGUUCAUAUGGAAGUUGUUGGCAAGCCUGUCAGAUAGCCAAGUCUGUGCUAGCCUUGUAUAGAUAGAGAGGAAUACAUGGCGAGGUUUGUAAUAUUAUGUUGUUUGUUAUGGGUUGUUAAGGUUCUAUUUCUUCAUUGGCUUCUAUUGGAAUUAAUGCAUAUUGUUUUGUUUCAGAUGAAAAAA